AUAUAUUUUCUAAGCGGCAAGCGCACAUCAUACCUACAUGACAAUAAUUAACACAUUCAAGUAUUUAACGUUGUAAAUUAUUAUGGCUUAAUGCAAAUAACCUAAUAUUUGACAUAUUUUGCUGAGAAAAUUAUGUAAGUGAGAACUAUGAUUUACAAGUUAAUACAAAACUGAAAAGUUUCCGGUUGUUCUUCAAAUGUUAUAUACUCAAUGAGGAUUUAGUUUUUCAAUACUCGAAAAUGGUAAAGUUGCCAAGAAGUUGGCUUGUAUCAAUCUUGCUAAAAUCACCAAACUACUCACCGACUUCACUAAGAUUUAUACAUAAUACGAAGGAAGGAUCGGUUAUUGGAAAUAAUGAACAGACUGUGGAACAACAACGGCUCUUGAAAGUAGCGAUAAUCGGCGUGCCAAAUGCAGGCAAAAGCACUCUGAUCAAUAUGAUCAUGCAAAGAAAUGUAUUACCGACUUCUAAAAAAGUUCAUACGACUAGAUCAAAGGCUCGUGCUAUUCUAGUUCAAAACCAAACACAAAUAGUAUUUUUAGACACGCCCGGUCUAGUAAAUUCUGAAGAAAUUUCUAAGCACAAUUUGGAAAAAACUUUUACGAAUGAUUCUUUGUGUGCGAUAGACGAGGCCGACACAUUUGGUGUUUUACACGACGUAUCAAACAGAUAUACUAGAAGCUGUUUAGAUCCCAAAGUGUUGAGACUACUACAUUUAUAUCCUGAUAAAGAUUCAUUUUUAAUAUUGAACAAGAUUGACACCUUCAGAUCAAGACGCACGCUGUUAGAUUUGGCAAAUACACUAACUUGUAAAAAACUCAAAGAAAAUUGUGCAUCUGAAACAAAUCGUUUAUCGAAUAAUAUAAGCGAAAUACAAUUAAAUGCAAAAAUAAAAGAUAGUGUAGGAUGGGAAAAAUUCAAAGACGUAUUUAUGGUGUCUGCGUUAACUGGAGACGGAGUGCAAGAUAUUAAGGAUUACUUACUGCACAACAGUAAGCCAUCAGCAUGGAUGUUCCCCGAAGGUACACUGACCGAUAAACAAGAUACCGAUCUGAUAUUGGAAGUUGUCAAAUCAAAACUUUUAAACUAUCUUCCCAAUGAAGUUCCGUACAAUUUGCAAAUUGAAUUAGAAUAUUUUGAAUUGUCUUCUGAUGGUAAUAUGCACAUUGUUGUACUAAUCGGUUGCAGUACAUUACGCAUAGAGAAACUAGUAAUUGGAAACAAAGGAAGUCGAAUCAGAAAAAUUGCUAGAGAAGCUGAACAAAAUUUAAGAGAUGUAUUUUUCACUGAUGUAUUUCUCAAAUUGGUUGUCAACGAAAAACAUAAAACUUUAGAAUCGGCUAAUGCUUUUUAAAUGUAUUAAUAUUGU